AUGACCUCCGCGUCCCCCCUCCCCUUCCACACCAGCCCCCCCCCCAGCAUGUGGACCGCCCUCUGUAUCGUCUUCAUCCUGGUCCCGGGGGCCGGAGCAGACAGCCCGGACCCUACCACUACGCGCAACGGCGGGGGAUCCCAGUGCGGGGAGUACACCAACCAGGUGUUGGAGGACGGGAUGUGCCGGCUGGUGGCCACCUUGCCCCAGCUGGAGGAGAAGCGGUGCCCGGACAUGUUCCGCUGCACGGACGAGGUGUCCUACUGGCUCCACGAGAACCAGGAGCGCAAGCAGCAGGUGGCCGCCCUGCAGGAGACGGUGACCCAGCUGCAGCACGAGCUCAGGAGCCACCGGCACCGCAUUAAGGCCCUGGAGCACCAGAACGAGGAGAAGCAUCAGGUGAACGCCACGGUGGAGCAGCACUUCAGCGAGCUGGAGACGCGCUACGUCGAGGCCACCAAUGCGCUGCAGCUGCAGGGCUCGCUCAUCCUGGAGCUGCAGGACCAGCUCCACAACCUGACGGUGCUGAUGGAGUCGGUGAAGCGGAACCCCGGCUGCAUGAUCAACAUCGUCAGACCCAACCCCCUCAUGAACGCCCAGGAGGCCCUGCACCCAGAGGUACAGCAUGUGCGGAGCUGUCCCAUCGACUGUGCCACCAUCUACUACAACGGGGUGCGGCGCUCUGGGCUCUACACGGUGGUGCCAGCCCACGGGGGCAUGCCUGUGGAGGUCUACUGUGACAUGGACACAGACGGCGGCGGCUGGACGGUGCUCCAGCGGCGGGCCGACGGUACGGUGAGCUUCGACCGGUCCUGGCGGGACUACAGGGAGGGCUUUGGGGACCUGAACACAGAGUUCUGGCUCGGCAACGACCACAUCCACGACCUGAGCACCCAGGGGGAGUACAGCCUGCGCAUCGAGCUGGAGGACUGGAGCAACAAGCACAAGCACGCGCUCUACCAGAGCUUCAGCGUGGAGGAUGAAGAGCACCAGUACCGGCUCCACGUGAGCGGCUUCAGCGGCUCGGUGCAGGACUCCUUCAGCUGGUACCACGACAAGCAGUCCUUCAGCACGCCCGACAGCGGCAACAUCUGCGCCGAGAUCUCCCACGGUGGCUGGUGGUACAACCAGUGCUUCUACGCCAACCUCAACGGGGUCUACUACCGGGGGGGGCGCUACAGCCCCAGGGCCCGCGGGCCGCUGGGCCCUGACGGCAUCGUGUGGUACUCCUGGAGGGACUCCGACUACUACUCCCUCCGCCAGGUCACCAUGAUGAUCCGCCCGCGAUACUUCCGACCCCGCCUGUCGCCCUGACAUCACCGCGACGACGGCCCAUAAACACAACCCCACCACCGUGGCGACGCGCCUAUCGGGACAUGGACAGAUCGCCAAACUGUGGUCGUGAAACUUUGAUCGUCAAACUUUAAUCGUGCGAUCACAGCCGCAAUACAAACUUUUAAGAUAUCGUAGAACCUUUUGAUUUGGCGUUGGUGAUUCUCCACCGGAGUGGAGGAUUGGGCCGUCGCAGGAUGGUCUGAGUAGUGCUUGAGUACCUGGACACGGACCUUUCUGGAGCUGAAUACACGCUAUUUCGAAGUUGAUUAAACACGUCCCCAGUGCUUGAUAUACGGACUCAUACUGUAUAUCACACGUCCUCAUAACGCAUAAUUUAUACACCGGGUCCCUCAGUGGGCGGGGGACGGGAGGGAGUCGACUAUUAUUUUGUAUUAUUAUUUUGUACACUUAUUUUGUAGACUUUAUAUUACUCUGACACUUUAUUCGGACCCUUAGGUAUAUAAUGUGGAUGGAUGUAAUGGAGGGAAGGUUAUAAGAUGGCCUAGUGAAUGCUACCUGAUCGUUGUACCUAUUAAGAAACAGUUAACAGUUAAACUGUGAACUGUUAAUGCUGCUGGAUAUAAUAUUGACGUGUUCUUUUAACCUCUACUGAAAUUUAAUUUGGAAGUCUAUUGGCAAUUCAAUUGGUUUUACAAGCCAUUCAUUUCACUGUAUGUACAGUAGGCCUAUAUAUGCACAAAAACAGUGAAAUGCACUAUAAUUAGGCCUAACUAUUUCCCUUUAACGUAAUUGUAUACACCAAAUUCAAUCCCCUUUAUUUUACCUUUUGUUUGACUCAGAAUACAGCCCUGCACUGUUUAUUAUUAAUAAAGCGAUAUAACAUGUGUUUAUUUGACCGUAUACUAUCCAAAUUGAAAUACUAA